AUGUCGAAAGAGUCUUUUUCAAAUGUUGAAGACGAGGAGCCGAAAUAUCAGGAAGUAGAAAAGAACUGUUGCAUUUCUAACGAUGGCGAUAAUUAUCAAUUACGGAAGUCAUUCUCUUUCUGGUCGGUGCUUGGUAUUGGGUUUGGCUUGACUAAUUCUUGGUUUGGGAUUUCCGUAGCUAUGAUAACAGGAAUCAACUCUGGUGGGCCAAUGAUGAUCGUUUAUGGUAUUAUAAUUAUUGCCUUAAUUUCAGUGUGCGUCGGUGUCUCUUUGGGAGAAUUGUCAUCAGCCUACCCACACGCUGGAGGGCAAUUUUGGUGGUCAUUGAAGUUGGCUUCUCCCAAGUAUAAACGAUUAGCUGCGUAUAUGUGUGGAUCUCUUGCAUGGGCGGGUUCUAUUUUUACAAGUGCUUCAACUACUUUAUCGUCUGCUACUCAAAUUGUGGGAAUGUAUGCAAUGUUUCACCCUGAAUAUAAGAUUAAGAGUUGGCAUGUCUUUGUCUGCUUCGAGAUUUUACAUGCUCUAUUAACUCUUUUCAAUUGUCAUGGUAGAACGCUUCCUAUAAUCUCAUCUAGUGCGUUGUAUGUAUCGUUGAUAUCUUUUGUCACGAUAUUGAUUACUGUGUUAGCGUGUUCUCAUGGAAGCUAUAAUGAUCCGAAUUUUGUGUUUUAUACUUUCAGAAACGAGACUGGUUGGAAUAGCAGCGUGCUUGCGUUUAUUGUGGGGUUGAUAAACCCUGCCUGGUCUUUUUCGUGUCUUGAUUGUGCAACUCACAUGGCCUUUGAAGUCAAAAAACCGGAACGAGUCAUUCCUAUGGCAAUCAUGGGGACGAUUGCUAUUGGAUUUGUAACUUCCUUCUGCUAUGUUAUAGCAAUUUUCUUCUCUAUGAAGGAUUUGGACGCUAUUUUCAACUCAAAUACAGGGUCCCCUAUCCUAGAUAUAUACAGCCAGAUUUUGCAGUCGAAGGUCGGUGCCUUAAUACUGGGUUUCUUGGUGUUGCUAACUUCGUUUGGAUGUAUAAUAGCAUGCCACACCUGGCAAGCUAGGCUUUGCUGGUCCUUUGCUAGAGACAAUGGUCUUCCUUACUCAAGAAUAUGGGCACAAGUUAAUCCUGGACUUAGUGUACCUCUUAAUGCCCACCUCAUUUCAUGUGCUGUUAUAUCACUUUUGGGUGUCUUAUAUUUGGCAUCAAUUACUGCAUUCAACUCCCUGAUCACAGGGUGCAUCGCAUUUUUACUUUUGUCCUAUGCUGUACCUAUUAUUUGUCUCCUAAUUAAGAAGAGACAGAUAAAGCAUGGUCCUUUCUGGCUCGGAAAAUUCGGCGCGUUCUGUAAUAUAGUUGUAUUAGCAUGGACAUUGUUUGCCCUGGUUUUUUUCAGCUUACCGCCAAUGAUGCCCGUCACAGCAAACAAUAUGAAUUAUGUAUCAGUUGUGAUUGUCGGGUAUUUGGUUUAUUCAUUACUAUACUGGUGUUUUAAGGGUCGUUACAGCUUCUACCUUGUUGACGACGAAGAACUUACCGGCGUCACUCUUACUGCUAGUACCGAGUCACCAGAUAGCGACGGAAAAUUGCAGUAUAAGGUAAAAUCUACAUAG